AGAAAAAGAGAUAGCUGAUAGCAUAGGGUUUAGGGGGUUUUCGUAAGAAAAUAAAUCACAUAGAAUUUAAAAGUAUAAUAUUAAUUGUUUCUCACCCCCUCCGUCACAAUUGUUUGUUCUCACCCCCCGUCCAAAGUCCAUAAACAAACAAAGAGACAUCACAGCAUGAUGAGGAUGAGGGCAGGCUGGGCAGUUGCAAAUUACUAAUACAUAUACACACACAAAGGACUGAAGGAGGAGAGGAGAGAAGCUCUUUUGCAUCCUAGGCUAGGCUACUUCCAGAGACAAGUGGUUAAAUAAAUAAUAUUAUUAGGAAUGACAAAGGUAUUCCCAAACGGGCCUUCCUCCUCCUGCAGCGACGCCACCGAGACUGUCCUCACGGUGUGGAAAAAAUCUAUGUUGUUGAACUGCGAGGGGUUUACCGUGUUUAACGCCGACGGUAAUUUGGUAUAUAGGGUGGACAACUAUCUGGCAGGCAAUAAGGGCGAGAUCCUUCUCAUGGACGCCGCCGGCAACCCUUUGUUCACAAUCCGUCGCAAGAGAUUGAGCCUAGCCGAUAGCUGGGUGGUUUACGAGGGUGAAACAGGCUUGAAUCCCCCGCGGUUCUGUGCAAGAAAGCAGAUAAAUCUGCUUAAAUCGAAGUGCCUCGCUCGUGUUGUUGAAGCUAUGGGUAGGGGUGUGUAUGAGAUCGAGGGGUGCUACGGGAAGAGAUGCUGUGAGGUGUACGAUGAGAAGCGGAGAAUAGUGGCAGAGAUCAAACGCAAGGAGGCAGCGGGAGGGUUGAGCUUCGGGACGGACGUAUUCCGCCUCAUUGCUCAGCCUCAGAUUGAUACCACUGUAGCCAUGGCCCUCCUCAUCCUUCUGGAUCAAAUGUUUGGAUCUUCUUCCAAUACUCCAUGACAUUGACGCCCAUCAAAAUCAAUACUUCCUUACUCUCAUCCCCACUUUUUCCCUACACUCCUUUUUAAUACCCUUUUCCCCUUCCUUCUCCAAUUCACUGUGUACAUAAUAAACUAUAAAUAUAUAUACUACAGUUUUCUAACAACAAUCUUCCUCCCUCCCACCAUCAACCCAACACCCCCUUUCAUUUCUACUUAUCCUUUUUUCUGCUUUUCUUUUUCUUUUUCUUAUUAUUAUUAGGUCCAAAUACUAAUUUCGUUUGUUGGAAAGUUCAAUCCUCUCAUUUUCAAAAUGCAAAGAUCUGUAAAAUAACCUAAUAUUAUUUGGCUAAUAAGUCUGAGAUCUAUAUUAUAGUUAUAAUAAGUUUUGAAAAAAGCAAUAUUAGUUCAAACAAAAACCAUAGUACUACAACAAAGUUCUUAGAUCUCUAGCAUCGCUAGAAUUGCAUAACUGUCAACUAUCAACAAAACUUCUCUAGCGCCACAAUAAUUGACAUCCUCGGUUCGAACAUUCAGCUUGGUCCUGAAAUUUUAAAAAUAGAAAAAGGGAGCAUUCAACGAUGGAGACGAAGAAAUCGACAGCCAAAGGAGGGAAGGGAAGUGCAAAAAGUAGAAGUUGACUCUUUCAUGUAUAAAUCCUUAUAUUUUAGUUUAUAUGUAUUUUGGAUUUGGGCAACCCAAAAAAAAAAAAAUAAAUAAAUAAAUUAUUUAGGGAA